AUGCGCUACCAUGUACCAUUCACAGUCAUCCUGGGUGCAUUCGCCGUCACCGUUAAGCCAACUCCGGCACCCAAGAACGUAUUGGCCUAUGAACCACCGACACCCGUGGAUCUCAACAUUACAGUGGAAAGGCUCGCUUCAAUCAAGCAACUCGUGCGCGAUGAACGCAGGGUUUUUGACCCUGUUCGCGAAUCAAUCUUUCUAAAUCACAGCAGCGUAGCUUCGCCCAACCACCACAAGCGAACGCUGAGGGUAAGGAAUGCCGUGACGAAAGCUUCGGGAAAUGUGGCUUUGCAGGACGGUGUUAGCAUCUAUUAUGCUCCAGGUAAUUUCCAACGUGGACAUGGACAGCAGUUUGCAAAAUUGGACGUAGCAAGUGAAGAGAAGAUGACGAAGGUCCUGAACAUGGAGCAUUUUGAUGAUGUGAUCAAUACCGCGAAGUGCGAGAAGGCUGGGAAGGUGGAGUUGACGUUUGAUAAGGAGAUACAAUUUCAGCAGGUGAGGGAGGAGUGGCAAUGGAUCAAUGGCGGCAAGGAACAUGCUGUUAUUCUCAUCACAGAGAAUGAGCACUGUGAUCGAAACAACACCGAUGGCUCUCCGAGACAACCAUGGAAAGCUACAAAAGCCGAGUUUGACGACAUGACUAAUAAAGUCCACCUGACUGCAGAGCCCAUCAACUUCGAAGAAGCCUUUGGUAAGAAUUGGCAUCUCAAGAUACAGCGUGACGACGCAUCGAUUUCCACACUCCACAAACGUGGCGGCCACAUCUCACUCAACAAGGACUUCUCUGGAUACGGGAUCAAUCUCCCCUCAUCUCUCCGUCCAGCGGAAGUCCUCUCCAGUCCUGAUGCGAUCGGCCGCCUUACCUGCUCCACCUGCGCAAUAACCGGCGACAUCGACUUCGGCAUCGACAUUCACGGCCUGUGGGGCGGAUCCCUUCACGUUACGGCCUCUUCUAUCUCUGCAACUGUUACCCUCCUUCUCGAGAUCUACACAGCCAUAGCCAAAGGCUCCAUUCAAGACAAUGAAAUUUGGGGCUACGUAGUUCCCAAUGCUGGAAUCCAUAUCAAAGGCAUCCUCGACAUGGGCCCCACGAUAAAAUUUCUCCUCUCCUCGGACUUUUACUCUCCGAUUGAUGAGCAACUGGCGGUGCAAGUGGGAUACAAAUUAUCUUUUCCUCAGAAUGUCGAGCUCAAGUUGGAUGUAUUUCAUCCCACGAAACCGAAGCUCACUGGCUUUGACCCCAAGUUCGAAGCUUUGCCAGCAGGUAUAUCAGACGACUUGCAGAUUCAUGGAAAGAUUGGGCCGAAGCUGGAGUUGAGUCUUGACUGGAAGAUCUUGGGACAAGGAGCGAGUGUGGGGUUUCAAUUCAGUGCUGCGGAGUUGGCGCUUAAUGUCACAGUAGAUGACAGGCAGCCAGCGUGCGGCAAUGGAAAAGGCACGAAUGCGAUCGCUCUGUCGUCGAACAUAACCCCUCAAGAACACAAUAACACGAGUGCAGACUCACAGGAUAACGAAAUCUCAGGCGUCAAUCUCGACUUGGACCUCAAUCAAGAAAUCAUCGCGAAAGAAUCCGUCGGGUUUUGGAAGUUGAAGACCACAGGAAGACAGACUCUAGCUUCGACAAAGUACGAUCUCGUUUCAACGUGUAUACCCAUCACCGGUGCUACAAAGCUCGUUCCGACGAUUGCUUCGGCGAGCGUGAAUACUUUUAUUCCCUGGACUGGUGAUCUUGGCGAUCUUGCCACGGCGAAGUUGGUAUCGGGUGCGACGGAGGUAGCUUCUGCCUACAAGGAGUUGGGAGAAAGUGUUUUGGUGCCGUUGUGGAAGUCAAAACUCGAGCCCCAGGUUACGAGUGUGCUGAACCAGGUGACGAAGGAAGCGGUUGAAGCGGCGGGUAAGGUCACGAGCGUGGAGCAUGUUGCGACCUCUGUAGUUGUGUCGGUCGCCACGGACGUGGCGACAAAGGUCGAGAAUGCAGUGGAGAAGGCUACGGACGCGCUUGUUGAUGCUGGGAAGAAGGCGGGGGAUUUCGUCUGUGGCCUUUUGGGGUUUUAG